AUGUGUCGUCUCCCCAGCCAUCGCAUUUCUUCCCAACUUCUCUCCCCAUUUGACCAGCCACUCCUUCUCGUCGCCUCCUCUCCGAUCCCUUUUCUCCCCCAGGUCGCUUUGUUCUUCAUCUCCCUAAAAAAUCGUUACCCACAUUCCUCCCCCGUUACCCCAUCGACUCCAGCGGUGUCUUACUACACCCCCGGCGCUUUUGACGAGUCUCACGAAUUUCACGACCCUUCCACGUUAACGACCUUUUCACGGCAACACCAGCAGCAGGCUGCUUUCCCUUCCGCCUCCAGCUCCCAUCCUCACAAUCCUCCGCCUGCGCCCCCUCUCAGUGCACAAGGGAGUAGUCGUUCACUACGCCGGACUUCGCGCCUCGUCCAACGACCAGCCUCGGUAGAUGCUUCGGGUCGCCCGUCUCGCAUAGAACAGUCUAUUCCCGUCCUCGUCCGGCCCAUUUCGGAUCGCACGAGCGGAUUUGCUGCCCUGCGACCAGCCCUUUCGGAACCGCAGACCGACGACGACUACGACCACGAAGACGCCGACUCGGCCCUCGACGAGUACAAUCGUCUCAUCCGCGGCGAAUCCUACUGGCCUCCUCGGUCCACCCGUGUUUCGCCCCGCACUGCGUCGGCCAUCCUCUGGGUGCUCGAAGAAGGCAUCCGGAAACCAUUUCCAUUUACCCCGGAUUGGGACGAAGUGAAUGCGCCCAUGUCGGAAUUGGCAGGCGCUCCCGGCUCAGCUGGCCUCGGAGGUUCUGAAAAGUCCCAAUAUGGAGCUACCCGCGCCCCCCAGGGCCCUGUCCCGGUGAAUCCACACCCGCCCAGUGGCGUCCGGACGCCCACGGAUAUCAUGAGACAGCGCCGGGAUCGCGAAGCGCGCAAAAGGGCCGAACAGGAGGCCCGAGAUCGCGAGCAGGAGGUGGCGGAGCGGAAGCAGCAAGAGGCCCAAGAAGCCCGGGCUCAGGCUCAAUUCCAGGCCCAAUCUCAGGCCUAUGCUGCUGGUGUUGCCGGUGAAAAGUCUUCUCAGCGAAGAGCUGCCGCCUCAAGGGUGGCGCCGACUGGAUCGGGUGCCCAACCAGCUGGCCCUACCAGCACCGUUCAACAACCACCCGGGAUUCCGGCGGCGACCCGACGACCAGAUCACGGUCAGGCUCCGACCCAGCCGAAAGCAUCAAUGUCUUCUGUCCAGCAGAUCCCUUCGCAACAAGCUCCACUUCACCCCUCCGCGGCAUUGCCAAAACAGGCUCAAGCCGCCCCUACCACGCAGUCGCAGCAACAACCCCGUCGUGCGGGUUUUCCCCAUGCCUUCGAACGGUGGGAAACACUGUCGUCCCACUGGGAGGGUCUGACGGGGUACUGGAUCCGCAAGCUGGAGCAGAACAGUGCAGAUUUGGAACGCGACCCGAUCAGCCAACAAAUGGCCCGUCAAGUGACCGAUCUGUCUGCUGCCGGUGCCAAUCUUUUCCAUGCUGUAGUGGAACUGCAACGCUUACGGGCGUCCUCAGAACGAAAAUUCCAGCGCUGGUUCUUCGACACCCGUGCGGAGCAAGAACGCGCCAAGGAGCUGCAGGCCGACCUGGAGCGACAGUUGAGGACGGAGCGACAGGCCCGGUCUGAGGCAUUUUCUUCCCUGCAGAAGGCCGAGAGCGACAAGACCCGUGCGGAAGAGCUCCUCAAGGAGAUGCGCCGGGAGCUUCAGAUCUCAAAGGAGGAAGCCCGUCGCGCAUGGGAGGAACUCGGUCGUCGGGAGCAAGAAGAACGCGACCGAACGAUCUCUCUUCGAAACGGAGAGCCCACCCUGGUCGGCGGCGUGCAAGUAGUGCCCAUGAUUCAAGGGCUCCCCCAUCGACCCGGUAGCUCGAACCGGCCGCCCACCCGCGGGAAUCCAUAUGCCGGAGGUGAGGAGCCAAAAGUGACAGACGGCCAAUACUAUGAACAAGCUCCCGCAUCUCCCACCGGAACUGAUCCUUUCACUGAAUCGGCAAGACCUGGCGCGCAGGAGUCUCACUUCGAGGCUAGCCAACCGCCGACCACCGCCGGCCAAUACUAUGAGCAGGGCAUGUAUCCAGCACGGCCAGUGUCGGAGAAUGAUGAUCGCUCGUACGGCCCCAGCGUCGGCAGCAGUGAGCCGGGCGAAGAGGAGUAUGCCAGUUACCGUCGCACGCAGCCCGCUCCCCUCGUUUAUCCCCCCGCCUUGUCCGAGGAGAGUGACGAGUACGAACAUGGGUCAAUGGAAGGCGGCGAAGCAGGGUAUGUGCCCACCUCCAUUGCGGGCUCUGCGCCGCCCUAUGGUCAGACCUCGGUGGAUUACAGCGGAUCGGGAUGGGGCGUUGGCUCGAACUGGGAGUCGGUCACCCCUCGCCAUCGCCAUCCCACGCGUCUGAGCGACGUUAUCGAGGAGGAGGAACCCCGGACGACGCCCAGCCGCGCCAGUCGUGCCAGCCGUGCCAGCCAAGCGAGUAGAAGUGUACAUUGA